AUGGCCCAAAAUGUAACCGAGACGCGCGAUUCUGUCCAGGAUAUCUAUGGUCCUCGCACUCCGUAUCAGCACCAAUGGCCGACUCGGUGCGAUGUCUACACCAUUGACACGCCGGACAAAUGGGUCCAAAGCGCGUGUAUACUUUGCAGUAAUGGAUGCGGAAUGGAUAUCGGGGUGAAGAAUGGAAAGGUUGUCGGUGUCAGAGGCCGCACGACAGACCGUGUCAACAAGGGGAGAUUGGGUCCGAAGGGAUUAAAUGGGUGGAUCACUGUCGGCCAUCCAGACAGAUUGAAAUAUCCGCUCAUUAGGCGAAACGGCAAGCUUGAGCGCGCAACGUGGAAUGAGGCGAUGAGCCUUAUUGUAGAGAAGGCCAGUGAGGUUCGUUCUCGUCUGACGAACCAUGGUAUUGGGUUCUAUACCACCGGGCAGCUCUUUAUUGAGGAGUACUAUGUCCUUGCUAUGAUUGGAAAGGCGGGUUUAAACACGCUGCAUAUGGAUGGCAACACACGACUAUGUACCGCGACCGCCGCAGCUAGCAUGCGCGAGUCAUUUGGCUGCGACGGCCAGCCCGGAUCAUACGCCGACGUUGACUACACAGAAUGUCUAUUCUUGUUCGGUCACAACGUCGCAAAUACUCAGACAGUCCUCUGGUCCCGUAUGCUAGAUCGACUAGAUGGUCCAAACCCUCCAAGGCUGAUUGUGGUCGAUCCUAGAAGGUCCGAGACGGCUAAACGAGCAGAUGUUCAUCUUACGCCCAGGAGUGGAACCAACGUGGCCCUUUUGAACGGGAUACAACAUCUUCUAUUUAAGCAUGGUUGGGUAAACGAGGAGUAUGUUGCGAAACAUGUUGUUGGAAAAAAUGAGCUUUGGACGACGGUCGAAAAGUACACGCCAGAACACGUGCAAGAAAUCACGGGAGUUCCCCCCAAUCAACUAAUGGAGGCUGCCAGGAUAAUAGGAACAACAAGGAGUCUCCUCUCGACCGCCCUACAGGGAGUGUACCAAUCCAACCAGGCUACCGCGAGCGCGUGCCAAAUCAAUAACAUCAACCUCCUCCGCGGCCUAAUUGGCAGACCUGGUAGCGGCAUCCUUCAAAUGAACGGACAACCAACGGCACAGAACAACCGAGAGACAGGAUGCGAUGGCGAGUACCCGGGAUUACGAAACUUCCAAAACCCGAAUCACAUGCAAGAUAUCGCUGAUAUCUGGAACAUCGACUACAUCAAAAUGCCACACUGGAACCAGCCUACGCACGUUGAGAACAUGCUAACCUAUAUCGCCGGAGGUUCGAUUGAGAUGUUCUGGAUUUCAGGGACCAACCCUCUAGUUAGUCUUCCUAAUCUGCCCAGGGCUCGUGAGCUCCUGACGAAGCCCAACCUGUUCGUCGUGUGUCAGGACAUCUUCAUGACUGAGACAGCGGCUAUUGCGGAUGUUGUUCUUCCUGCAGCACAAUGGGGAGAGAAGACGGGUGUUUUCACUAACGCGGACCGGACAAUGCACAUUUCAUUAAAGGCCGUGGAACCACCUGGCGAAGCACGUGCGGAUAUGGAAAUCUUCCUCGACUUUGCAAAACGAAUGGACUUCAAAAACAAAGACGGUGGUCCACUGGCCCCGUUCAAUGGCCCGGAGGAAAUAUUUGAGGCAUGGAAGCGCAUGUCCUUUGGAAGACCCUGUGACUGUAGCGGACUUGGUUAUGAGAAGCUCCAGGGAGGAUCUGGCAUCCAAUGGCCGUGCACGGAAGCGUACCCAUUUGGCAAGGAACGACUGUUCCAGGAUGGUGUCUUCUUCACGGACGUGGAAUACUGCGAAAGCUUUGGCCAUGAUCUCGAGACAGGGGCACCGUUGACGAAAGAGCAAUACAAAACUCUGAAUCCCGCGGGACGAGCAAUUUUAAGGCGCGCGCAUUACAGGCCGUCACUGGAAGAGGCAAGCGAGGAGUAUCCGCUGCACCUCUCGACGGGGCGAAAUGCUCUUCACUUCCACACGAGAACGAAAACAGGGAGGAGCAAACGGCUUCAGGAGGCCGAUCCUGAGCCAUGGGUUCAGGUCUCGACUGAAGAUGCAGAAGCAUUGGAAUUGAGCGAGGGUGAAAUGGUUUUGGUCAAGUCUAGACGGGGAAAGGUGGAGCUACCCGUAAGGAUAGGUAAUAUUUCCCAGAACCAUAUCUUUAUUCCGUUUCAUUUCGGAUACUGGGAUGCAAAGGAUGACCGGUCCCGAGCGGCGAAUGAGUUGACAAUUGAACAAUGGGACCCCGUCUCCAAGCAACCAGCCUUUAAAUCCGGUGCCGUGCGCAUCGAAAAAACCGUCCAAAAAGAAGGCCAAGAGAGACACCACGCCAAAGAACAACAAACAGCCGCGAUCCACAACAUCGAGAUGAAUAAGAAACAUACAGCCAGCAUCCCCCAACCACAAACAGACCAAGACAGCCCACCCCGCGUCCGCAGACUAGAACUCUGGCUCGGCGCCACAUACGAAGGUAUGCAUAUGCUAAUAGAUUUUUAUAACCACCUCAUCCCCCGACUUAUCCACGACUUCGACGUGCAAUCGGGGCUGCUGGUAAUGCACCGCAUCGCAACAGAAACGUGCAAACGCUUCAAGCCCAUAGUUGAGAAAUACCAUGAGAGCAAGCAAUAUGGCCGCUCUGUCUCACAGCGUCUGCUCGACACCAUUAUGCCCAAGGAUAUCAACAAGUCAGACCCAUACGAGGCAUUGGCGGCACUGCAAUCGCUGCAGUUAUUCCUGACGUAUAUCGAUGACCAUCUGAUUGCAUUAUUGCCGGCUAGCCAGGCACUCUGGGAUAAAGACUUUCUGGACGCUGUACAAUUUGGGCAGGAUUCUAUCAUGAGACAGAAGGCGUGGGCUUCGAAUCAUAUUAAGACAAAGAGUCCGCAGACGUUGCUUGUGCCGAUGACCAUGCCCGAGGAUUUGAAUUCGCCAGAUUCAAGUUUGGGAGGGAUUUUGAAGUGUUACCAUCAUAGAAUUUGA